CUUCUUGAAAAAACGUUAAAAUUAUUCAUCGGUGAACUAAAUACUGUAGCUUUAGUUCAAGUCGAUAGUCGAAAUUAAAACUGAAAAUGUAAUUGUUUUUCGCAACAACUAGGUGAAUCUGUUAUAUUAAUUAUAUUUUAUCAGAGUCGUCAUCACUAAACAUCGAUAUUCGAGUAAAAAUGCUUUACUGGACAUUGUUGAUUGUGGCGCUUAGUUCUCUUGAGGCGUUUCACAUUCCACGAUAUACCGCCGAUCAAAAUUCGUUGGAAUUGAACAACGGUAUCAGUUCCAUAAGUCAUACCAGAGUCAGAAGAGUGAUUGGCGGUAAGCCAGCCACAGAUCAUUCGUUUGUUGUGGCGUUAAAGAUCAAAUCUAGAAGAAGUACGAAGAGCUGCACCGGGUCUCUUAUCUCACGUUGCCAUGUUCUAACAGCGACACAUUGUCUUUCACCUCGUAAACCUGGCGGUAUUAGGAUGACAGCUGGCCAGUACAAUACUAAAGAUCCAAAAGAUGGUCCAGUACAGCAGCUUGGGGAUUGGGACAAGGGAUCUACUUUGCAUAGAGAUCAAGGAGACGUUGCGAUAAUGAGACUUAAAAAGUGUGUCACCGUUACAAAAACUGUUGCACCGAUAUGUCUGGCAGAUGAAGAGGUAGAAGAUGACUGUGACGUCACGGUGUAUGGGUGGGGUUUAACAAACCCUCGAAAGCGGGACAGUUCUGCUAAGAUCCUUCAAGAAGUGACCACUAAACUGUCAACAGAUGAAUGUAACAAGAAAUCUACUAGCAUCUUGAGGUGUCAAAUAUGCACUUCAAGGGUCACCGCCUUGGGAGACUCCGGUGGACCAAUCGUUGUCAAGAACAAAGAUGACAAGAAAUGUCAGAUUGGCGUCAGCACAAAAAGUGCAGAUACCUUAGCAAAGCCAGUUACAAAGUUCAGUCUCUACGCAAGCACUGCGCACCCUGCUAUUCUUGACCAUUUCAUUAAGAAGUUCAUCAAAGAGAACCCAUGUCCCUGUGAUAGCACUGUAAAAUUCUGUAAACCAGACAAACCAGAAAAUGGAACAUCAUCUCCUGAAAGUACGACCCCUGCUAGUACAGCGACGAAUUCCACUACCGAGUCCACUGCAACAUUAUAUGACAUAACUACAGCAGAAGAUACAAUGACAGCGGCUGAUGCUACUACUGCUGAAGCUGAAACGGUGAAUAAAACAAGUACAUCUGGUACAACGACUACACCUUGUAGUACAUUGAUGGAGACGUCUAAUGCAGACUUCCCUCCAACUCGCACCAACAGCACCGUUGUUCCAACAAGAACGAACGAAUCAACAACCCCAACAUAUAACAAAAAUAAUGAUAUCACAACAGAAUUAAUUGAUGUUGAGACAACAAAUAUUGGGGCCACUGGGCCAAUUGAAUAAGUGUUACUUUCACGACAUUAGAUAGACUGUUGUACAAAUACUGUUGUGCCUGCAAUGGAGGAAAAUAGUGCAAAAUAUUUCCCCCGGGGAAAAUCUUGUCCAUUGACAUGUUCCCCAGGCUGUAAGAAAAGGAUAUUCCCGGGGGAAUUUUUUGCAUUUUGUCCGAAAAUAUGACAGUCGAUAUUUAUUCUACAAUAUACCCUAUAUAC